AUGUCUUCUUCAUCAUUACACCCAAUUCUCAUCACACCCACUGACACCAACUUGCUCGGAAAGAGCAUUCAAUUCGCAACUUUGAAACAUGCUUCACAAAUGAGAAAGGACAACAAAACACCCUAUGUUGAACAUCCAAAAAGCGUUGCCAACAGAUUGAAUCAAUUCUUGGCUCAAUUUAAAGACACGUCCUACGUGCAAUCAUUGCUACAUCAAACCGUAUCAUUGGCUGAUUCACAACAACCAAACAAACAUUCUUCUCCGACACUAUGCGAGUCAAUUUUAUGUGCUGCUGUUUUACAUGACACUCUCGAAGAUACGGAAACAACAUUUGAAGAGUUGGAAACACAAUUUGGACCAGUCACUGCAAGACUUGUGAGCGAAGUGACCAACGAUGAUUCCCGAGUGAAAGCUCUUUGCGACAAAAAGUUACAGGAAUAUCAUGAACACACGUUGGAUGAAUCUGCAAAAACCAUCCUUGUUGAUGGACUAAAUUCACAAAUUGAAAAUCUUUCGGAAGCAGUCCUUCGGAAAAGAUUAGGAAGAGGAGCUUAUUUUGUUGAAAAAUUGAAUUCCAUGAGUUUGGAAGCCUUGUUAGUGAAAUUGGCAGAUCGUUUGGAUAACAUUCUAGAUGUUGAUCCUCAACCAUCCUCACAAAAUAAUGACCUCACGAAAUUAGAACAAAAACCAAAACACUCUCAUUUCAACACAGAAUACAAGUAUGAAACGAGAUAUGUGAUGGCGAAUAUCGACAGGUCAAGAUUAACUCCCAUUCAUGAAGAGUUAGUUUCAAACAUUGUCAGAGCUGUUUACUGA